CAAAAUACCUGCAAUCUCUGGGUAUAGUAGCGCAACACAGCAGUUUUAAGGCUCGGUUAGCCGAUUCUCGAAGACAGCGAUUGUCGUCUAGCCCAGAGGAGAGGAUGCAGUUCUGGCAGGGCUUUCCUGCUCAUUGAAAUGUAUUGAUGCACGAAGCGUUUAGCACGCCCCCGUGGACGGUUUUCUUCAGAAUCAAAUGUUUUGCAAAAGGCGUGAGUAUAGUGUAAAGCGCAAGUGCUUGAACCACACCACCGGACUCGGAUUUGCUUUUUUUAGAGGGGACGUGAGUAUUUUUUGUACGUCUUUCAUAUAUACUGUUUUAACGCGACUAAAAGCAGUGAAACUGCUUCUGUCUUUUUGAUAUAUGAUCUGAAUGAAAUUACUGGUGGUCUUAGGAAGAAGAAACAUCUUCCAAUCUUUAAGACUCUCGUUCCAACUGGGAGCUCCAGCUGUGGCUGAAGAUGAAACUAUCCAGACGAGCAGCUGGACACUACCUUCAAGGCGAGCGGUGCAGGUCUCUCUCCUGACUGAUCUCUCUGCCCCGUGGGAGUGACGCUGAUGCGCCGGGAGGAGCAGUGAGUGCGAGGCCGCGCUAUCGAGCUGGACAGUGGCCGGGGAAGGCGCUGCGUGACCAUGUGGACGAAUCUGUCCCGGUUCACGCCUCUCUUUCUGUUCCUGGCCUUCACUGGUCUCGUCUUCCUGCUGAGGAACAUCUUCACCUUGGAGAAAUUUGAUUGCAACACUAGAACGGCGCUCUGUCGGAUCCAGGACACCAUCAGCACAGCCUUCAAGCCCGUGGGACCUGUCGCGGUCAACAAAGACUCGUACUGUGGCUACUCGGAGCUCGAGCUGAGUCCGGAGGAGGUCCUGGAGGAGCAGUACUUAUUGGACCUGAUUGCCUGGCCAGAGCCGCCAGUGCAGACUCCGUCCUUCCAGCAGAGCACCGACCCAGCACACAGCUUCUUCGUCAUCCUCAAUCCCAGUGAGGACCUCCGAGUGGGUGGCCAGCUGGAGGUGCUGGUCCACAUGCAGGACUUCCAGGGGCAGCCCAAGCAGUACGGCGGAGACUUCCUGCUGGCCCGGAUUCACUCCCCGGAGCUCAAAGCGGGGGCUGCUGGGAAGGUGGUGGACCACCAGAAUGGCUUCUACUCGGUGUUCUUUGCCUUGCUGUGGCCAGGGGAGCUGACGGUGUCGGUGACGCUGGUGCACCCCAGCGAGGCCGUCCAGGUGCUGAAGAGGCUCCGCCAGGAGCGGCCCGACCGGGUGUACUUCAAGAGCCUCUUCCGCACUGGCUACUUCUCCGAGACCACCUUGUGCAACCUGUGUCUGCCCGCCAGCCAGCCCCUCUGCAACUACACGGACCCCCACACGGGAGAGCCCUGGUUCUGCUACAAGCCGAAGCUGCUGAGCUGCGACAGCCGGGUCAACCAUGCAAAGGGGGGCUAUCAGAAGCACCUGCUUACUGCCAAAGAGGGGCUGCUUUUCCAGAGUAAUGUAAACAUCAAAGUUCCCAUACUGGCUUCUGGUGCAGAUCAUGUGACAGUGAAGCUCCAGGAAAAAAAUGGUCAUUCUGACAGAGGGAAGAAGACUAACCCAGAUGGCCUGACAUUCAUGCCCUCUGGAUUCUAUUACCAAGAUGUGUGGAAGCCCACAGGAGGAAGAGCUGUGCGCCAGUUCAACGAUGCCCUUUCAGUCACACAGUGCCUGAAACGGAAGGUUAUUUACCUAUAUGGGGACUCGACAGUGCGCCAGUGGUUUGAAUACUUAAAUGCCCUUGUUCCAGGUCUUCAGGAGUUUAACCUGGGCAGCCCGAAGAACGUGGGCCCCUUCCUGGCCGUGGACAGCGCGCACGGCAUCAUGCUGAAGUACCGCUGCCACGGGCCGCCCAUCCGCUUCUCCACGGUGGCCGCCAGCGAGCUCCGCUACGUGGCCAACGAGCUGGAGGGCAUCGUGGGUGGGCGGGACGUGGUGGUCGCCAUCACCAUCUGGUCCCACUUCAGCACCUUCCCCGCCGAGGUCUACAUCCGCCGGCUGCGCAACAUCCGCCGGGCCGUGCGGCGCCUGCUGGCCCGCAGCCCGCGCACGCUGGUGGUGCUCAAGACGGCCAACGUGCAGGAGCUCGGCCCCGAGGUCAGCCUGUACAACAGCGACUGGUUCUCCCUGCAGCUGGACGCCCUGCUGCGCCACAUGUUCCAGGGCCUGGACGUGGUGCUGGUGGACGCCUGGGAGAUGACGCUGGCCCACCGCCUCCCGCACGCCCUCCACCCCCCCGCCCUGAUCGUCAAGAACCAGGUCGACGUCUUCCUCUCCCACGUCUGCCCGGGCGGCUGAGGAGGCGGCGCUCGGGACCGGUCGUUCCCCGGCUCGGCGCACGCGACCCUCGCGGGAAAGGAGCUGUCGGCGGCGGGUGCUGCUGGCCUGGUCGGCGCUGGGCAGUUUCGGGUUUGCCCACGGCCCGGUCACGAGAGGCAGGGCUUAUCUUUAUUGCUGUAACCCCUCCGCUGUCCGCCGUAAGGCAGUACUCCAGCGGCUCUCUGAGAAAACCACUGUAUAAAGUCUGCAGAAAUUUUCUUUCUGGAUACCAGGUGCUGCAACUACUGGAGGCUUACUAAGAGACAUUGAGGAGAGCCACGGGAUAUGUAAAGAUGUGUUAAUUAUUAAUUAUUUUUAUUAUAUUGUUGGCUUAUCUUUACUGACACUGCAUUGGCUGGCGUAUAUCCACACACUUUGAGGUUAGGGAGCGAUUAAAAGCUGCUUGGCAUCAGUCCAGGUGUUCUGCUAGCCAGGUGUCCCCAUUCACGCGUUCGACAGCUACAUGUAUGUGCAAGUAAACAGACACAAGGAAUGACUUCCAUCAUUCCUUCCCGAGCCGAAAAGAAAUAUUUUUUCCUGCGUUUUUCUCUCUCAUCAGUCAGAGCAGAAGGAACAGACACAGAAGUAACACCGUGUCAUCGGUUUGUUCUCCAGGUUACUCUGAUCAUGACAAUAUAUGCACUGUAACAACUCUGAUAGCAAUUGAGAAUACAUUAUUCUGGAGUUGUUUAUCCUUUGGGAUGCAAACCUUUAUACUAAUUUAUGCAAUUGUAAUAAUAAACGUUUAAAAACAUGGAACAAAGAACCGUUAA